AUGCCUAGCCCUAGAAUUUGGGGCUUCCUCCUCCUCGCCUCCGUCCUUGCCUCCGCCACCUCCGCCACGGUCCACCACGACACCCCAAGGGAAAAGCUCAAGCGCCGCGGCGCCUCCGGCGCCGCCGCUCACCCGCCCGCACCGUUCGUCCCGUCGUACAACCUCGAGCAGCAGGAAUAUCUCACCGCGCACAACGAUUUCCGCCUCCGCGCCGGCGUGCCUCCGCUCUCCUGGGACCCGGGGGUUUACGUGGUGUGCAACUACGACCCGGCCGGUUUGAUACCUGGAGUUAACCCGUUCACCGGUUCGAAGAAUCACAGUGCCCAGUAA